CUCUCUCUCUCUCUCUCUCAAAUGGAGAAGCAAUGGGAAUGGAACACUCCACUCAAAUUCUCUCUCAUGUUCAUCUCCUCCUUCUUAGUGGCUAUGACCAUUGUGCUCAUGUCCAUGGACCAAGUGGAGCUCCAUUCCCUCAUCGACGCCGGUCGCUCCGCCUUCUUCACUUUCGCCAACCCUAACCCUAGUUCCAUUUCUCCGAAUUCUAAUUCCACCUCCUCCUCUUGCCCAUGUGACCCUCCCAAAAAAUUCACUGAAAAAACCAAUUUUCCGGCACCAAAAUUCCGAAUGCUUAUGGGAAUCCUGACGCGCCCUGGUAGCUACAAUGGCCGCAAUCUACUCCGGCUAGCCUACAGUACUCAGACCACCAACGUGGCUGAAAUCGACGUCAAGUUCGUCAUCUGCAAUGUCACCGAUGGGAACGAUCGUGUAAUCGUGGCCCUUGAAAUUAUGAAAUUCAACGAUAUAAUCAUUCUGCAGUGCUCCGAGAACAUGGAUAAGGGCAAGACCUACACGUAUUUCUCCAGCCUUCCGGCAAUGUUAUCGCAGCCGUACGAUUACGUCAUGAAGACAGACGACGACAUGUAUUUCAGGCUUGACGUGCUGGCUAGGUCGCUCGAUCCAUUGCCUCGAACCGACUUCUACUAUGGGCGCGUGAUCCCAUGCAAAAGCACAGACCCAUUCUUCGGAUACAUGGGAGGCAUGGGUUACAUUUUAUCAUGGGACUUAGUGGAAUGGAUCGGUAUAUCAAACAUAACAAGAAACCACGCAGAGGGGUUUGAAGAUAAACUUGUUAGUGAGUGGUUUAAUGAAGGGAAUCGAGCCAAGAACAGGUUUACUGCUACACCAAGGAUGUAUGAUGUACCUGGUCUUACUACUUGCUCUCAUGAAUACAUGCCUGAUACAAUUGGGGUGCACAGGCUCAAGAAUAAGCGCACUUGGGCUCAAGUGCUGAGGUACUUUAAUGUAACAGAUGGGGUUAAACCAUCAAAGAUGUACCAUUUGUUAUAGUUGGA